CUUUGGUUUGACACUUUUCGGCCUCUAAAAUACAACGACGAAAACAAAGAUUUGAGGACCGAUUUUAGGUAUAUUCCUGUUGUACGAAAACUCAGGUGCGCACCUCAUCCCUGAGGUACUUUGAGUGGCGGACCCUGACAUUAAGUGGAAUGAUAACCUUAACGAUAAGCGCAAGGAACGGUCUGAUAAGGAUAGCACAAGCGGUCCGUUCUGUCCGCCGUAUCAAAAUUUCAACCUCACCCCCUUGUCCGCGAUAUUUGGAUGAUAGAUGAACCCAUUGACCGGCGAAAUCGCGCUUGUUGACGACACCAGCGCCCGGGCUGCGGGAAGAGGAGGGCAGGAAGACCAACAAAGUCCGUACAACACCCGAUCCAAUUGACCCGACCACCUCUCGAUUCAACAAAACGCCAGCAUCUAUCACCAAUCGAAACCCAAAGGGCCUACAAACAUGGGGAAACUCCCCUCCACCAUCCUCCGCCGGCCGUCCCUCGCCGCGGGCAGCCUCCCGUCGUCCUCAGCCCUGCCACAGACAGCAGCAACAACAACAGCCACUCUACACCGGCCGACAUUACCGGCGCAAUGCACCAACACACAGGCAGCCGGCGCCCAUCAAGUCCGGCACGCGACCUUUGUGGCCCGGCCGCGGCGGCCCUACAUGUUCACGCAGCUCGUGCAGCUGAGCGACGGCUCGACCUUCACGGUGCGCACAACAUCCCCUGCGGCGCUCUACAAAUCAGACAAGGAUACCCGCAACCACAUGCUGUGGCAGCCUAGCGAGAAGUCGCUCAAAAACGUCGAAGUGGACGAGGCUGGCAAGCUGGCGGCCUUCCGUGAGCGUUUCGGAAACGCCUGGAACCUCGAGGGUCCCAACGCGCCUGUUCAACAAGCAGCAGCGGCGGCGGCGGCGGCGAAGAAGGACGCGGUGGAGCCGAAGCAGGUAGAGGCAGCGGCAAAGGCGCCAAAGGGACGGGCAGUGGAGGAGCCCGCUGCCGCCGCCGCCCAGCAAGAUGACGCCGCCGCCUACGAUUCGUUGGUGGAUCUGAUCAGCAUGUACGCGACUGAGGACAAGAGCGUCAAGGGCGGGCUGAGUGCCAAGGACCAAGCGAGGAAGGAGAAGAGCGGCAAGAAGAAGUGAGGUCGAGGGUGUACUGGCGAUCAUGAGAUGUCAUGAAGCAGUGUAUACUGUACGAUAGUCAAUACUAGCAUUGUACAUUUCGAGGGUGCGUGCCAGCACAGUUAUGGAUGCAAGGGAAAGGAGCAGGUCACCAUGGAAGCAGUAGCCGUCCAGUAUGUGUAACGUCUCACGCCAAAUGACCAAGUGCGGAUUCAGGGCGUUCUCCUUAACCACGAUGGAGAUAGAACGGCGCAACAGCUAAUACAUACACAAUGC